AUGGAGGCUGGAAACCUAGCCAGUACGUCCUGCCCACCGCUUGGCUCUGCGUGCGGCUCAUUCCGCCUGAAAACAGCGACUUAUACCUUAAUUCAUGCAUUUCUAACGAAACAUUCACACCCCAAGGCUGCUGCCGCACUGAAAAAGGCCGCGAAGGAGGUUGUUGUGCUCAAAGACAAUAUCGAUGUCGAUGGGCCUCAACUUGACGAGAUAAUACGCGAGUGGAAGACGAUGAAGGAUGCGCUCCCAAACUCGUCUUCGGAUUCAAGUUCAGAGUCGGACUCUGACUCUUCUUCAGAGUCCUCAGAUUCAUCUGCCCCGGUCACCAAGUCCAAAAAAGCAGCAAAGUCGAAUAAAACCGCUGCAAAAAGCUCUUCCUCGUCCAGCUCCGACUCAUCAUCGGAUUCUUCCCACCCUGUCACGAAGAAACAGACGACCAAGAAAGCUUCCAAAAGCUCUUCGUCUAGCUCUGAUUCGUCUUCUGACUCUUCCGAUUCCGAUGAAGAUGCUAGCCCUUCGACAGCGAAACCAACACCAUCAUCUUCGAGCUCGUCGUCCAGCUCUGACUCCUCGGAUUCGGAUUCAGAUUCAAACGCGAAACCAAAAGCCUCAGUAAAGGCUGCGCCGAAGGCUAAGACUGCUACUUCGACAUCGAGUUCCUCGUCCGAAGAUUCCGGCUCAGAAUCUGACGACGAAUCGAGCGAUACCGAUAUUCCCCAACGCAAAAAGACAAGCGAACGCGCCUCAAGUCGAACGCUCUCGACCGCAUCUUCCAGUCCUAAAGUCAAGGCCAAGAAGCCGAGUGUGUCAUCUUCCGAUUCCUCUGAAGCGGAGGAAUCGGAUCCUUUUGUUGUCCCGCCCACCAAGGCCAAAAAACUGUUGCCCGUAUCGGUGCCAGCUGUCACGAAAGAAAAUGUGCAGGUGACGAAGAAACGCCGGACAACAGAGGCCGGAGAUGCUGUGGCUACUGCUGUGGCUGUUGCGGAGGAGGUCGGGAACUCUGCCAAUGCCAACAAACGGGGUAGCAAUGGCAAACAGCAGCGAAAAAACAACACACCUUUCCAGCGCAUCAAUCCCGACAAGGUCAGAACGGAGUAUAUGAUGGAUAAUCGAUAUCAAAACAAGGCCGGUCCGUCAAACGACUACGGCAAGCGCGCCCACGAAGAUUUGAUUGUCACUCGUGGGGCAGGUUUCCGUAAGGAGAAGAAUAAGAAGAAGCGAGGGAGCUACCGUGGUGGCGAGAUAACGAUGCAGAGCCAUAGCAUCAAGUUUGGCGAUGACGACUAA